AUGCCACUGUCCGAGAGGGUAAUCUGGGGAGAUCCCAACCAGGUCCGGGGAAGAGAAAGUCAGGUCAACAGCAGGUCUCUAGGAAAAGGGGGUUUCCAGAGCAAAUGUCCACAAUUUUGCUUGCCAUCUCCAUUCAAACAACAUAGCAUUUUGAGAGCAGAAGCAGAUUUUGGGAAUAACAACUACAUGAACAUGGCUGAUGCCAAUGGAGCUCUAUUAGCAGGAGAUACAUUUCAUACUCCAAGUCUUGGUGAUGAGGAGUUUGAAAUACCCCCCAUCACCCCUCCUCCUGAGACCGAGCCUGGUAUGGGCCUCCAGGAGGUGGACUCACCUUUCCCCGGGCUACCUGUCCACCCCAACUCUCAGCGGGGGUCGUUCACCCCUCAGUUCCCACCCCAGAGCCUGGAGCUGCCUUCAAUCACCAUCUCCAGAAAUAUGAUGGAGCAGGAAGGACAUAUCAACAAUGGACAUCCAGGGGCUGUCGGGCAGACCCAUCUCCGUCAGUACCCUCCAAACCCCACCAUGGUGAUGCGCUCCAUCAUUAGCAUGCAUAACCCCAAUGGCAUGAUGUCACAAAACCAGCUUACCACCAUCAACCAGUCCCAGAUCAACACACAGCUGGGGCUGAAUAUGACCAGAUCAAACAUUGCUCACACAUCCCCAUCCCCACCCGCCAGCAAAUCAGCCACACCCUCUCCCUCCAGCUCUAUUAAUGAAGAUGAUCAAGAGGAAGGAAACAGGGUGAUUGGUGAAAAGCGUCCCGCCCCUGACGCAGGUAAGAAGCCUAAGACACCCAAGAAAAAGAAGAAGAAGGAUCCCAAUGAGCCUCAGAAGCCAGUGUCUGCAUACGCCCUGUUCUUCAGAGACACCCAGGCGGCCAUUAAAGGCCAGAACCCUAACGCCACGUUCGGAGAGGUGUCCAAGAUAGUAGCUUCAAUGUGGGAUGGAUUGGGAGAGGAGCAGAAGCAGGUUUACAAAAGCAAAACAGAAGCAGCAAAGAAAGAGUACCUGAAAGCUCUCGCAGUGUACCGCGCUAGCCUUGUGUCAAAGGCUGCCGCAGAGUCAGCGGAGGCCCAGACGAUCCGCUCGGUGCAACAGACCCUCGCCUCCACCAGCUUGUCGCCAGAACUCGUGCUGCCUUCCCCUCUAUCCCAGCACCCCUCGAUGUCUGCCGCAGCACUGGCACUCCAGCAGGCCCUGCCUCGAGCCAUCGCCCCAAAACCUCUGCAAAUGCGUGUCGGCAGCAGCCAGAUUGUCACCUCGGUCACGGUAGCUCAUCAGAACAUGACGGCCGGCGGCGUUCAGUCGCAGCUGCUGGGGCAGAUGGGAGCGGGCGGUCCGCAGUCAGGCAUGUCGUCGCAAUUGAGUCCGCCAAUGCAGCCCCGGCACGCUUCCAUGCAGCAGCACUUGCAGCACCAUCAAAUGCAGCAGCAGCAAAUGCACCACCAGCAGAUUCAGCAGCAAAUGCAGCAGCAGCAUUUCCAGCAUCACCUGCAGCAGCAGCUUCAGCAGCACCACAUGCAGCAGCAGCACCAACAGAUGCAGCAGCAGCAGCAGCAGCAGCAAAUGCAAAUGCAGCACAUGCAGCACAUGCAGCAGAUGCAGCAGCAUCAAAUGCAGCAGCAUCUCCCGCAGUCGCAGUGUUCGCCCGUGCAGCACUCGCCCGGCACGCCACACUCGGCCUCUCUCGGCAGCCCACCGCCCCCUCCUGCGUCCCAGCCUCACCCCUCACAGGUACAGGCUCACGCGCAGGUCCUGUCGCAAGUGAGCAUCUACUGAACCAAAAGCCCUCGGACCCGCAGUUGCGACUCCACAAGAAAGCCAGAGGGAAGUUGUCAUUGAAAAGCAUCGUUACAAGGUUGCUUUUUUUAAGUUGCACUUAAGAAGUGUGUAAGAAAUAUGAAUGUUUUACAAAGAACUGUCCUUUGUUCUAGAUGGAUAUAAGAUAUGUGUUAAAAGGACGAACCGUCUUAGCUGGAUUUUUUGUCUAUAAGAUAGGCUGAGCUACCGGGAGGUCUGUUGAUAGACUUGAGUGCCCAGUAGUCAUUUGUAUGUGUAUUUAGUUCAUUUGGUUUCUCUCUCUCUCUCUCUGUUGUGGAGUUUAAACUCUGUCAGAGCAUGAUGGCGUGGGAAGAACGUUCAGAGACGAUCACAGAAACACCUGACGGUUUUAUUUAACAGCUUUAUUUAUAAGGUUGGAUUGGCUUUCACCACCAGACAAAAUAGAAGACCGGAUUUCUGUGGACGGGGAAUUUCUAAAGAAGGCACUGUUUCGCAAAAGAGAUUAACUGAACUGCUACUAAACUGGUCAUCAGAGACAUGCUGUAUGGCUCUUGCACUGUCUGGCCAGUGUAUCGACAAGUCUACCCUCUCUUCUUCCCUUUUCCAUCAUCCUUCUUGGCGUUCCCACGGAUGAAACUGUUUAACAGUCACUGUUGGGAAGCUCUCAAUCAAAUCAUCCUGCUUUUAGAACCAAGUGGUGUUUGACACAUCUCAUGCCGUGUUAUCAAACAGGACAUUUUCAAAAGAUGUAAAACACUUGGCGUUUUGCUGGACUAUUUGACACGCUUCCAUAGAUCAUUUCAGUCAUCACGUCUCCAAACACCUUCUGUGACCUGCUUUAUGUGUUCUUAGGAAAGAGGAGAGAACUUUUUUGGAGUUCUUCUCUGGCCAAAACCAUCAAAAGCGCAUUCACUCCAACAUAUGUAGUAACAGCACUCCAAAAAAACUUCUUCUCUGUAAUUAUCUUUACCUCCGAAGUUUUAUUGAAUAAGUUAUGUUUCUGUUUAUUCUUUUGUGUAAUGAAAACUUAUGUUAUGGGGGGGGGGGGGAAGCUAACUUACUGAAUUUAGGCUGUUGGUUUACUGAUUGGGGUAUUUUUAUUUCAUAAUACCCUACAUUUCACAACAAGGGCCGUUAAAUGGGAGUCUUAUCAGAUGUUUUUUUUUUUUACUAUCAUAGACAGGACAUGGAAGUAUUUUGUGCCAGCUGUAAAAUAAUCAGUGGUAAGAUAAAAGAAAAUGAAGUUGUACAUUUUUCAUACCUCUUGUUGUAAAGUUUUAAUAUGUGAGGCUUUAAAUGCAGAAGUUGGCAAGCUGACCUGUCACCUGCUUUAUCUCAUUGUGCUCUUUUCUACUUUUUUUAUGAGUUACAGUAGCAACAAAUCAUUUGUUUGUAUUUUUGCUUACAUUUCAAAAUUAAUUGCUUUUAAAAACCUGACAGUAAAAUAAAUAGUUCAUGUCAGUUGAAAACUCCACCUGUUUUUAAACGUCAUAAAUGUCAUUGAUUAAGUUUUAUUUUUGCCAUCCAAAAAAAAAAA